AAAAAUGGCACAGUCGCUUGUUUUAGCUUGAAUUUUCAUCCUGCAAUUGUGGUUUUCUGCUCCUUUGGUUCGGAUGCGAAAAGGGGCUUGACGGGAAGUUGCUCUGAGGACACGGCCAGGGUGGCAGGACCUGCUUGACCGACUGAGCCGGGGAACUUUGUCAAUCCAGAUGUGGGGGAGAGAUCCAGCUGUUGGGUGGAACUGCGUGGCUGGGGGCAUGCUGCAAAGGCCAGAAUUUGGGCAUUUGUUUUCUCAAAGUGGUGAGCAGCUGGGCUGAGAUCCUGCGCUCCUGAAUGUUGGAGAGAACAUGAUGGAGAGAAACAAGGGAUGGGAUAUUUUUCCGGCACUGGAAUAAUAGUCUUGUUACCAAAUCCCUGCUUGUUGUAAUAGGUCCGCGGGGCAGAAAGAGUUUCAAAAUGCCACGGUCUAAGCCAGAGGAACCCAGGAAGGGGAGAAUGACGGUCAUGCUGGCGCUGGUGACCCUCGUAGCUGCCUUUGGAUCGUCCUUCCAGUACGGAUACAAUGUCUCUGUGAUCAAUUCUCCAGCUACGUUCAUGCAACAAUUUUACAACGAAACUUACCAGGAGCGAUACAGUAAAUUUAUGGAUGAAAACUUGAUGACUGCCCUCUGGUCCCUCAGUGUGUCCUUCUUCCCGCUUGGGGGGUUCUUUGGAUCGCUGAUGGUGGGCCCCAUGGUGAACAGCUGUGGCAGAAAGGGCACGCUACUCAUCAACAACAUCUUCUCCAUCAUCCCUGCCAUCCUCAUGGGGACCUCCAAGGUGGCGAAGACCUUCGAGGUGAUCAUCAUCUGCCGCAUCAUCAUCGGAAUCUGUGCAGGCCUUUCUUCCAACGUUGUCCCCAUGUACCUUGGGGAGAUGUCCCCCAAAAACCUCAGAGGAGCUGUCGGGGUGAUGCCGCAGCUGUUCAUCACGGUGGGGAUCUUGGUGGCUCAGAUCCUGGGAAUGAGGAUGAUCCUGGGAAGUGCCAAAGGGUGGCCGAUCCUCUUGGGUCUAACGGGAGUGCCCGCCGCAUUGCAGCUUCUACUGCUGCCCUUUUUUCCCGAGAGCCCGAGGUACCUGCUGAUCCAGAAAGGGGAUGAAGAGAGCGCAAGAACAGCUUUGAAGAAGCUACGAGGCUGGGACGACGUGGAGGACGAGAUGGAGGAGAUGCGACAGGAAGACCUAGUGGAGAAAGCUGAGGGGCGGAUGUCAGUGCUGACCCUCUUCACCUACCGAGGCCUUCGGUGGCAACUCAUCUCCAUCAUCGUCUUGAUGAUGGGGCAGCAGCUCUCUGGGGUUAACGCAGUGUACUAUUAUGCUGACCGAAUCUAUAUGAAUGCAGGAAUAGAGGAAAACAAUGUGCAGUUUGUCACAGUGGGAACAGGAGCCGUCAACGUAGUCAUGACUGUCGUUGCGGUAUUUAUCAUUGAGUCUCUGGGACGAAGGAUUUUGCUUCUGGCUGGUUUUGGGAUCUGCUGCGUUGCCUGUGCUGUGCUAACCAUAGCGCUGAAUCUCAAAAUGAUUACGUGGAUGCCUUACAUCAGCAUUGCCUGCAUACUCUCCUACGUCAUCGGACACGCAAUUGGAGCAAGCCCAAUUCCAAGCGUCAUGAUCAUGGAAAUGUUUCUGCAGUCGUCUCGGCCCGCCGCAUUCAUGGUGGGAGGUUCUGUGCACUGGCUUUCAAACUUCACCGUUGGGCUUGUUUUCAGCUACCUAGAGCGAGGGCUCGGCCCCUACUGCUUCCUCAUUUUUUGCGCCAUCUGCUUGGCCACCGCGGUUUAUGUCUUCCUCAUCGUCCCCGAAACCAAGAACAAAACCUUUAUGGAAAUCAACCAGAUCAUGGCCAAGAGGAACGGCACCGAAGAACAGGCAGAGAAGGAUGAAUUGAAGGAUUUCACCGCCGUUCCUGCCCCGUACGGGAAGAAAAUCGAGGGGGACAGAACCAGCGCGUUGUAAGGACUUACAGCCCACCAAAUUUCCUCCACGUUAUGGUGGUUCCGGUGUAAAUAAAACCGCAGAACUGUGCCUUAAGCUUCUCCGGUUUGCAACACGCCUGGCAUCUUUUUCCAAGUCUGCGGACACAGGGCACCCUCAAAAUCUGAGCUGUCCACGGAGAAAGUGGGCGCACGAACAUUGCCGUUUCUCAGAAGUCGCCUUCCAAGUUGGGAACGGAGUUAGCGGGAUCUCAGCGGAAAAGAUCCUGCUUUGGAAGUUCUGCUAACAUUGGCACGCUCAGGAGCUGCAAAUGGGUGAAACGGGGCCUGUUUCCGACAGGGCGGACCCUGAACAAUUCUUAAGUAUUUUUUGCUGUUGUUGUUCUUGCAUAUGGAUGCAUUUGGGCUCUGUAUUGGGAGAGCAAGGAAAUAAUUAUUUGCUCUCCACAUGUAUGACAAUGGUGCUGAGAGAGACCCCCCGUUUCAUAAACUGAAAUUUAAGGGGCGCGUUUUAUUGUCACCCCGCCAGCUUCUCCCUGAGGUGAUGCCUUCCAGAUGCGUCAUCCGGUCUGGCUGUGUACUCUAACACAAUGUAGUUGUGCUACACUACAUUUUGCAAGUUUUGUGCCAUGUCGCUGUGGUCUCCCAACCUUUCCUUUCUGCCCCUACAUUCAAGAGAACCACUUCUAAAUUAGACAAAACCAUCUCCUCCUCCUUUAGGUUGAGCUAUUUCAGAUCCCAGGCUGUGGUCUGAGACAGGAAAAUUUUCCCCGAACAUAGAAGGCUACCCUUUCAGGGCUCUAUUAGCCAGGGUCCCUGACAUGCUAGAUAUCAGCCAUGCAUUCCAUUUUAGAGGCAGAUCUCCGGAUCCCUGCAUUCCAGGUGAGCUUUCAGGGGUUUUGGCAGCAAGGGAGCCCACCUGAAAAAUAAAUUCCAUCCCUAGGAAUAUUCCCAUGCUGAGCUCAAGUGGGCUCCCACAACCUUUGUUUUUGAUUUUCUAUUUCUUUGUCCUUUUCUUUCGUUUUCCAAAUGAAAAUGCAAGGAGGUUGUAAAUAUCCUGCAAUGGAUUUGUGUGGGGGGCUUUGCUUUUUUUUUUUUUUGCUGGAUUUUUUUCCCCCAAGGUGUGGGGGAAUAUAUAUUUUGCACAAAGGAUCGCGGUGUAUU